CAGAAGAACCCGCAUACCCUUACGUUCUUUUACCCUCCCACCAAAAGACGCAGGAUUCAAUUUCUUUGCGAUCGACCACAAAUCUCUCCUCACAAUGGCACCAGUUCAGGCAAGAUCUAAGAAGGCGGCGAAGACGAAGGUCACCAAGAAGUACAUCAUCAACGCCAGCCAGCCCGUCAGCGACAAGAUCUUCGACUUGUCGGCGUUCGAGAAAUUCUUGCACGAUCGCAUCAAGGUCGAGGGCCGCACCAACAACCUCGGUGACGACGUGGCCAUCUCGCAGGUCGGCGAUGGAAAGAUUGAGAUUGUCACACACAUCCCUUUCUCGGGUCGUUACUUGAAGUACUUGACCAAGAAGUUCCUCAAGAAGCAGCAGCUGCGUGACUGGCUCCGUGUCGUUUCGACCAGCAAGGGUGUCUACGAGCUUCGCUUCUUCAAUGUCGUCAACGACGAGGGCGAUGAUGAUGACGAGUAGAUUAGUGGUGGCUAGAUGCCAGGACUUGUAAAAGAGGACUCUAUCUAUGCCGGUUGGGAUUCGAUCCUUCGAUAGAGAUGGAUCUGGUACCUCAUAUUCUCCAAAUCAAUGGGAUACUUGAGCGUAGGGCUUAGCCUGAACCAUCGUGAAUCAUCAGAUACUGUCUUCUCCCA